AUGGGCAAGAAGGACAAGAAGUCUGCCGAGCACAAGGCCCGUGUCGCGGCUAAGGCGUCUAAGAAGUCCGCAAAGACCGAGAAAAAGUCCAAGGCCAAGGGUAAGGACGCCGACAGCGAUGUCGAGGAUGCGGAUCUGGAUGCCAUCCUUGCCCAGUACGCAGAAGAACAGGCCAGGUUCUUGAAGGUCACCGAAGUUCCUUCCGAGCCUCCGGCCCCACGAUCAUCUGCUACUGUUCUUGCAUCCCCGUCCAACCGGAACGAACUGCUGCUCUUCGGUGGAGAGUACUUUGACGGCACGCAUGCGACCUUCUUCAACAAUCUGUUCGUCUACCUGAUUGACCGCAGUGAGUGGAGAGAGGUCACUAGUCCAAACAGCCCAUUACCUCGAAGUGGUCAUGCUUGGUGCCGUGGAGGUAACACCGGAGGUGUAUAUUUGUUCGGAGGGGAGUUUUCUUCGCCGAAACAAGGUACCUUUUAUCACUACAACGAUUUCUGGCAUCUGGACACCGCUACCAGAGAAUGGACUCGUCUUGAGACAAAGGGCAAGGGCCCUCCGGCGAGAAGUGGUCACCGAAUGACUUACUAUAAGAACUACAUCAUCCUCUUCGGUGGAUUCCAAGACACCUCUCAGCAAACCAAGUAUCUGCAGGACCUGUGGAUCUACGAUUGCAACAAAUUCACCUGGUUCAACCCCACGUUGUCAGUGGCAUCGCAGAAGCCUGAUCCCCGCUCCUCAUUUUCCUUGUUACCUCACGAGACCGGUGCCGUGUUAUACGGUGGCUACUCUCGUGUGAAGACAUCUGGAGGUACAGGAAAGCAGGGCAAGGGCGGGCCCCAAAAGAUGACGCUGCGCCCCAUGGUCCACCAGGAUACGUGGUUCCUAAGAAUCACGUCCCCUGAAUCUGAGUCGGCCGCGGCCUCAACGGGUCCUACAGUUCGGUGGGAGCGGCGAAAGAAGCCCGCCAACACGCCCAAUCCUGCUCGCGCGGGUGUCACCAUGGCCUACCAUAAGGGUCGGGGUAUUAUGUUCGGCGGUGUUCACGAUGUCGAACUGAGUGAGGAGGGAAUUGACAGCGAGUUCUUUGAUACACUGCUUGCCUGGACCACCGACCGAAACCGUUUCUUCCCGAUGAGCCUGCGCCGUCCUCGCGCACCUGGCAAGAAACAACAGGCGAACCAGGCCAUGAAGUCGCGUGACAGAAGUAAGGCGGAUGAGGAAGAGCUUUUGAAGAACCUGAAGGCAUUGGAGGGGAAGGGUGGCAUCCGCCAUGAUGAUGACGAUGAUGAUUUUAUGCAAUCUAGCACGCCCACUACCGAUGAGCCCGUUGAGCCUAGUAAACCCCAGGUGGUUCGCUUUGAAAUGCCGCACCGCAGAUUCAACGCUCAGCUUGCGGUACAGGAUGAUACUCUCUUCAUCUACGGUGGUACCUUUGAGAAGGGCGAGCGGGAGUUUACCUUCGAUGACAUGUACUCCAUUGACCUGGUCAAGCUCGAUGGAGUUAAAGAGAUCUUCUACCGGGAGCCUGAGAACUGGAACCUUCUGGAGGAAGCUGAAGACAGUGAUGAAGAUAUGGAUGAUGAUGAAGAAGAUGAUGACGAGGAAAUGGAUGAAGGGGAGGGUGACGCCAUGUCUAUCGACACCGGUUCCCCUGCCCCCACAGAGGUUACUGUACCAUCAGUGACCCACGGUAUGGAGCAGCUCGACGUCGAGGAACAGGAGGCAGAGCAGCCCGAAGACAGCCGGCCUCUUCCUCGUCCCUUUGAGACUCUCCGCGAAUUCUUCAACCGAACAUCGGAAGACUGGCAGAAAAUUUCGAUCGAGACCCUGACGAUGAAGGGACAAGUAGAGGGGAAGACCAUCAAGGAGCUCCGUAAGGUUGCUUUUGAAAACGCGGAGGAGAAGUGGUGGGAUAGCCGUGAAGAGAUCAUGGCCCUGGAGGACGAACAAGAAGCGGCUGGCAUUGGCGAGGUCGUCACCCUGGCAGAUCGUGCCGAGAAUACAGGAGGAGCUGGCCGUCGUCGGUGA